AUGGCGCCGAUCCCAGACAUCAUCGUCAACGCAGACAACGCCGAAGCGGUGGCGGCAUCCAUCUUACAUCACCUCGCCCGUCGCGACGAAGAAAAGUCCCGCACGGCGGGCUGGAUCGUCGGGUUGCUCGUGGCCGGCUGCAUCAUCCUUACCCUCAUAUACUACUGCCUCGACGACGCCUUCGGGAUGAAGCCACGCAAAGGCAAGAAAGACGUUCCCCCCUUGUAA